GAGGUGUGUAGUCGAGAGUCGAGUACUAGGUAUUCUGUUGCCGCAUUUGCCGGUGUUGUUAGUUUUUGUAAAAGCUAAGGUGCAGGGUAAUUUUUAUUAAAGGACAUCGUUGAUUUAUUUUCAAAAUGACUAUCGGCAAGAACAACAAGAUGUUGCAGCACAUCAACUACCGGGUGCGCAUCAUCCUGCAAGACUCUCGUACGUUCAUCGGCACAUUCAAAGCGUUCGACAAGCACAUGAACCUGAUCCUGGGGGACUGCGAGGAGUUCCGCAAGAUCAAGCCCAAGAACUCGAAGCAGCCGGAGCGCGACGAGAAGCGCGUGCUGGGCUUCGUGCUGCUCCGUGGGGAGAACAUCGUGUCCAUCACGGUGGAGGGGCCUCCGCCCCCCGAGGAGGGCCUGCCGCGCGUGCCCAUCCCGGGAGCCGCCCCCGGGCCGGGCGUGGGCCGCGCCGCCGGCCGGGGCAUGCCCUCGGGCGCCACCGGCGUGCCCGCAGGUCUGCAGGGGCCGGUGCGAGGCGUGGGCGGUCCGUCCCAGCAGGUGAUGACCCCCGGAGGCCGCGGCAGCCCGCAGGUGUCCGCCCCGCCCCAGAUGCGGCCCCAGGCCGGGCCCCGGGGCAUGCCCAUGGGGGGCCCGCCCCCCGGCAUGAUGGGACCCCCGCCUGGCAUGAUGGGCAUGCCGCCCAUGGGCAUGGGUCGUGGCGCUCCGCCGAUGGGCCCGCCGGGCAUGCGAGGACCAGGUACGAACCCCUUCCAGUAGUGCUCCUGGGAGCCGGCCCCGGUGGAGGACCUUCAGCCACUGUCGCUUGGUGGGCCGCCCCAUCCGUACUAGCCACUUGGAAGGAAGAGCGGUGGGACAAAGUCCUAGGACAUUUACUGUGUUGAAGCUUUUUUACCGAGUCAGUGUCAGUUGUUCUUACUGCGGCUCCCCUGAGCCGGGACGUGUGUGUUGUUACGACAGUGUUCGGAGCAGGACGUAUGGACCGCCAACAGGUUACAUCAAACUUGUUUGUUGUAUGUGUGUGAAAUAGUGAAAUUUUUUACUGCUAUUUUGGGUAAUAUCAUGCCAUUGUGUCCUGUUUUCGAAAGGCUAAGUCAGUGUAAUAUGUUCUCGAUCCAUGAUGGUUUUAGUUUUGUAAAAUAACGGACCCAAUAAAACAUGUAAUUGUA